AUGUCCCGCUCACUCCUCUCCGAGUCCCUUCAAUUCCCCCGACUCGCUCGGUUCCUACCGAUUACACCCAUCGCGACCAGCGGGUUCCUUCAGCCCGUCUCGAUCUCCCUCAAUAUCCCAUCUCUUCUCUCGGAUCUCUGGGAUUCUGUUCUCCGUGCUGUUCCUAAGAAGAAGACCUCCCACAUGAAGAAGCGUCAUCGACAAAUGGCCGGCAAAGCUCUCAAAGAUGUCAAGAGCCUCAACAGAUGUCCGGGCUGUGGCCAGGUCAAACGUGCUCAUCUUUUGUGUCCUCACUGUGUCAAAGACAUUAAGGACUCUUGGAAGACCCUCGACAUGGCAUGA